UUUUUUUGUGCAUGUCAUAAGUGAAAAUAUUUUGAAAGUAUUUUUCGGAACUCAUCCCAGUUAAAUGUGGUAUAAGUUGAGUGGGCUGUACACCGUGUUCUCGUCGUUCUUGGCAAGUUAUCAGGAAUGCGCCAAAGGGUGUCCCCCAAGGGGCACCAGCGCGUACCAUUAAGUCGAAGUCCUGAUAGCAUCGAUCCCGGUUCGAUUCCUGCCCUUCGUCCUUUGCUGCAUGUCUUCUCUCUCCCAUACUUUCCAGUCUUACUCGACAAUAAAAGGAUAAAACCUUUCAUAUCUUAAAAUUAGAAAAAGCGUGUCCCCCAAUGACCUCACAUCCUGUUGUCCACUUCCUCGUCAGUGGUUGUGAAUGGUGAGUGGUUGGAGCGGAGCGGGUCUCGCAUGGUCUGCAAGCCGCGUGGAAUAUCAUACUGCACAUCAAUAUUGGGCCCGCGUUGGAUCAUGUUGAUAGAUAUCUGACGGGCGCGGGAAACCAUCAUUCUUGCAAUGCACUGUUUUGCAUGUUCAGGGAAAUAAUUGCCGUGGUUUCUCUGUUGGAAUGGUGACGUCGGAGGUGAAGCUCAUCAACCAGGGCCAGGAGGAUGAGAUGGAGGUGUGGGGGUACCGGCCGUGCGUGUGGAAGAGGGUCCUGGUGGGGUUGGCGGCGGCGGCUUCGGGGGGGCUGCUCCUGCUGCUGCUCUACUGGCUGCCUGAGUGGAGGGUGAAGGCCACCUGCGACGCCUCCGCCCUCAGAGACGCCCGCACCCUGCUGCUGCGGGCCACGGAUGAGUUCAGGCAGUGGUUCCGGGUCACAGUGCACGUGAUGCUGGCCCCGGGGAAGAGGCCCUUUGACGCGGUGCCUCCGUGCGCCGGGGACGGCCUCUCUAACGGAGAAGGGGCCCCCAGUCUGUCCACUGAGCAGGGCGACUGCUGCGGGAUGUUCCCCCACAACCAGCUUGUACCGGUCCAUUUCUUCAGUCACCACAGUACCAAGUACUACUGGAGUGAUGACAUACAGAACUUUGAAACGUACAAAGGUUUGGAGGAUAUGAAAGUGAGCUGUGCUGGUAUUCACUCUGAACUCAGCUCAGGGCCCAGUAAGCACUUGCAGGCCUAUAGGAGGUUGUUUUUUGAGGAGAAUGAAAUUGCCGUCAGAGUUCCGUCUUUAUUUGAACUUCUCAUCAAAGAGGUGUUGAAUCCGUUCUACAUCUUCCAGCUCUUCAGUGUGAUUCUGUGGAGCUUUGAUUCUUAUUACUACUACGCUUCGGCCAUAGUCUUCAUGUCUGUGAUAUCCAUAGCCACCUCACUGUAUACUAUCAAGAAGCAAUACGUCAUGCUUCACAACAUGGUGGCGGCCCACAGUGUGGUCCGUGUGACCGUCUGCAGAGGGGAUAAAGAAUUGGAGGAGGCCAUGUCCACAGAGCUGGUCCCUGGUGAUGUCAUCGUCAUCCCAGCCAAUGGGAUGAUCAUGCCCUGCGAUGCUGUGCUAGUGUCAGGAACCAGCAUAGUCAACGAGAGCAUGCUGACAGGUGAGAGUGUGCCCGUCACCAAGACGGCCCUUCCCAGCUCCGGGUCGGAGGGGGCCUCCACCUACAGCACAGAGGAGCACAAGAGACACACCCUGUUCUGUGGCACCCAGGUCAUACAGAGCCGCUUCUACACCGGCCAGCUGGUCAAGGCUGUGGUGGUCACCACCGGCUUCAACACAGAGAAGGGCCAGCUGGUGUGCUCCAUCCUGCACCCCAAGCCCACGGACUUCAAGCUCUACCGCGACGCCUACCUCUUCCUGCUGUGCCUGGUGGGCGUGGCCAUGAUCGGGUUCAUCUACACCAUCGUGCUCAGCGUCAUCAACCAGGUUCCCGCCAAAACCAUCGUCAUCGAGUCCCUGGACAUCAUCACCAUCACGGUCCCCCCCGCCCUGCCGGCCGCCAUGACGGCGGGCGUGGUCUACGCCCAGCGGCGCCUGAAGCGCCUCGGCAUCUUCUGCAUCAGCCCCCAGAGGAUCAACAUGUGUGGGCAGCUCAACCUGGUCUGCUUCGACAAGACGGGGACGCUGACGGAGGACGGCCUGGACCUGUGGGGCGUUCAGAGAGCGGAGCACGGCAGGUUUUCCCCGGCCGAGUUCGACCCGUCGAAGGAGAGCUUGGUGUUCACGCCCUUUGUGGUGUGCAUGGCGUCCUGCCACUCGCUGACCAACAUCAACGGAGAGCUGUCCGGAGAUCCCCUGGACCUCAAGAUGUUCAGCGUCACCGGAUGGACCCUAGAGGAGCCCACGGAGGAGGAGACGGCGCUCCAUAACCCCAUCAUGCCCACGGUGGUCCGACCCCCCAAGCACCUGGUGUCUGAGGCCCAGCAGAACUUCACCCUCUCCGAGACCAUGGAGCUGUCUGAGCUUUCGCGCUACGAGGUGGGCAUCGUGCGUCAGUUCCCCUUCUCGUCGGCGCUGCAGAGGAUGAGCGUGGUGGUGCGGCGGCUGGGCGAGAAACACAUGGACUCCUACCUGAAGGGGGCGCCAGAGGUGGUGGCCAAGCUCUGCACGGAGGACUCAGUUCCGGAGAGCUUCGGGGAGACUCUGGAGGCCUACACCAGGAAGGGCUUCAGGGUCAUCGCCCUGGCCCACCGCCAGCUGGAGCCCAAGCUCUCCUGGCACAGGGUGCAGAACCUCAACAGGGACCAGAUAGAGACCAACAUGGACUUCCUGGGGCUGAUCAUCAUGCAGAACAAGCUGAAGUCUGAGUCUGCUGGAGUCCUGCAGGACUUACAGAGGGCUGAUAUCCGCACGUUGAUGGUCACAGGGGACAACAUGCUGACGGCUAUAUCAGUGGCCCGGGACUGUGGGAUGAUCCGUCCCCGGGACAGGGUCAUCAUCGCAGAGGCAACGCCCCCUAAAGAUGUCCAACCAGCCAGCAUCAUGUGGUGCUACACAGAGAACCCAGACCCCGGCACCAGCAAGGACCACCAGCUAGGACCAAGCAAGACCAAGCUCCCUCCACAGGACUCCAGGCUGGAGGAGGGGCUGGGCGGCGGGCUGCUGGACGGAGACGCCCAGGACUUCCACUUUGCCGUGAGCGGCAGAGCCUUCGCCAUCAUCACCGAACACUUCCCCGAGAUAGUGCCCAAGCUUGUGCUGAGAGCGACAGUGUUCGCCCGCAUGGCUCCCGACCAGAAGACCCACCUGGUGGAGGUCCUUCAGAGUGUGGACUACAUCGUUGGAAUGUGUGGCGAUGGGGCUAAUGACUGUGGGGCGUUGAAGAGGGCUCACAGUGGGAUCUCUCUGUCUGAGUUGGAGGCUUCAGUGGCCUCUCCCUUCACCUCCACCACCCCCAACAUCUCCUGUGUCCCAAACCUCAUCAGGGAGGGCCGUGCUGCUCUCAUCACGUCCUUCUGCGUCUUCAAGUUCAUGGCCCUGUACAGCAUCAUCCAGUACGUCAGUGUCACCCUGCUGUACUCGAUCCUCAGCAACCUGGGAGACUUCCAGUUCCUGUUCAUCGACAUCGCCAUCAUCCUGCUCAUCGUCUUCACUAUGAGCCUGAACCCGGCCUGGAGGGAGCUGGUGUCUCAGCGCCCCCCCUCCGGGCUGAUCUCGGGCCCGCUGCUCUUCUCGGUCCUCACCCAGAUCCUCACCUGCCUGGCCUUCCAGGUCCUGGCCUUCCUGCUGGUCCGGCAGCAGGCCUGGUACCACGUCUGGACCCCCCUCUCCAAUGCCUGUAACGUCUCGGCGGGCCCCGGGGGGCCGUCCCACGGGGCCAACGCGACCACGGGGCCCCACGACCACAAGAACAUCCGUAACUACGAGAACACCACGCUGUUCUACGUGUCCACCUUCCAGUACCUGGCCGUGGCCAUCGUCUUCUCCAAGGGGAAGCCCUUCAGGCUGCCCAGCUACAGGAACUGGCAAUUCAUGCUGGCCUGCAUCAGCCUGUACAUCUUCCUCUUCCUCAUCCUGCUGCACCCUCUGCCUGCCAUUGACAGCUUCCUUGAGAUCGUGUGCGUUCCUCAGGACUGGCGCGUGACGCUGGCCAUGAUUAUCAUAGCGAACGCAGCCGUGUCCUUCGUCCUGGAGACCUUAGUGCUGGACAUCCUCCUGUGGAGGCUGGUGUUCAGCCGGGACGCACAGGAAGUCAGUCAGGCCUCCCGCUCUUCCCCAACAGCGCCCCCACAGUUGGCCAACGACCGCUGGGCCUCUGCCUUCCUAUCCUGGCUCUUCUGCCGCAGACACAUGCCUCCCAAGGCCUGCUACAAGCAACUGACGCUGGAGCUGCGGGACGAUCCAACAUGGCCGCCGACGCCUUCCGCCGUCACCUUCGCUAACCCCUCCCAACCGGACCUCUCGGAUCCCAUGUGACCCCAUUCGCUGGUGACUCAUGGAUAACACCCCUCCAUAAUUUGAACCAUGUGUCUCCCCUUUUUAUAGAUUUAUAUCCAGUGUCAAACCAAUGUUUACCCUCGCUGGCUAAUUGACCAACCACAGACUAUAGCCUAGUGCCUUCACAUCAAAAGCCAAGCCAAUUUCCUACUCACACAACCUCAAACUUUAUCACGCGAGUACUUCAGCAUCUACGAUUUGCGCCAAAGUUCAAAUAUUCCAACCCAAGCGAACACGUGAAUGAGGCAAAAUUGCGUCGUUCGCCCGAGUAGAAUUGUCCUGAAGCGGAAAAAAUAUUCACGUCUCUGCAUUGACUUUGUAUGAAUAUGCGCCGUGAUAAAAAUUCCUUGGCUUUUAGUGUGAACAAACCUUAAUCCAAUACUUGAAUGAAGACCCUGAAUGUGACUAUGCAGUGGACUCUGGUUUACUCUUUAAUUUUGCUAGCAAGCAAGGCCUCACCAGCAUCCAGACAGAACCGUCCAUGUGGCUCAAAAGUCCAGUACGAGAACAUUUCUGCGUAUGUGUGUGUGGGUGUGUGGUAGGAGUGUGUGUGUGUGUGUGUGUGUGUGUGUGUGAGUACGUCUAUUAAUGUGAACAAACGUGUUGAACUGAAACUACUGACCCUUGGAUUAGCUGUUUGUUCUGAAUGACUUAGUAGUGUGCCGCAGGAUAAAGUCUGAGCACACUGCACUACGCAGAAUGAAUGCACAGCCAGAAUACAUUUCAAAAUCAUUUGCAACAAAAUACUUUAUUUUAUGUGGCAUUUGAAACAAAGGCCUCGCUCUUAAUCUGUGAAUAACCAUCAUUUCUAAGACUUUUGGAGAGUGACAGGUAGCGUCUCACCGGGCUUGUUCACACUACCGCCGUCCGUCGACCGAUCUCAUUGAUUUUGCAUGGGGCGCUCGCGGAAUGCAUUGUGGGUCCGUCCGUCCAUUCGGCUUCGUGGCCUUCGUCAAAUAGUUGAGAAAUGUUCAACUUUCCGACGGAUCCGUCGGCCAAUCAGAUCGCGGUACACUGCACGCUUUUCCUCGAUCCAUUUUGCAAUAACGAGCAGGAAGAAGCAGGAAAAAUCUGGCCGUUAAAUUUUUUUAAAGAAAUGUGGAAUGAUAGGAUUUUUAUUCACCUGUUGUUUGUGUCAUCUUUUGUAUUUAUAUCCACACAUCGUCUUUGUAGAGGGAAGCGAUUUGACUGGCUGCAGUAUGCGUCUACAAAGACUAGUCCCCUAUACGUGAGAUACGCCCUCGGCCAUCCGUCGACGGACGCAUGUAGUGUGAACAAGGCGUCAGUGCUCCUUCCCCUCUCCAUACAAGGACGAAACAUUGUUUAAUAAUGAUUAAGAUAAUGAUGAAUAGUAUUUUUAUAACACCUUGAGAUUGUCCCUGCCAAUGAAACAGGCUGUAAUAAUAAUAAUUAUUGUUAAUGAAGGGCUCAGAUUUUAAGACCAGGUGUGAUUUCGAUUUAACAUUCCAAUCCAUUCGAUAAAAUCAAGCCUCUAGUGACAUCCUACGGGGGCGUGUCCACCCAGUACCAUGAAUAUAUCAACCGACCAACCCGAUCAGGGUCUACCAACCAACCCAGAUCUGGACUGGACCAACUGGUAGGCUGAUUGAUCGGUCACACCUCGUGGUUAAAUAGGAGCCUUUGAAAACCUAGGGUUGAUGUUUACUUAGAACCUGACCCAUUUUGUCUAGGUCUAUUUUUCUAUUUGACAUGAUUGUUAAAAAGACUGAAAUCAUUCCAAUCUUUCGUUUUAUAUGUGUUUAUAUGAAGCAAUGGAGAGCAGUCUGAUUGUACUACUUCCCAUGGAAGACAUGUGUGUGACGUUGAGAGAGAGCGAGGUAGAGUGUAUGUGUGUAUUUGUGGAAGAUCGAUCCAUCUGGAUAAGAUGUGAAUUUAGACAAUAACACAAAGAUAUAUUCUUGAAUAAAACACAUUUUAAGUUUAUUGACAUUUUUUAAUACAAUUUACAAUGUGGCUGAAUGCUGUUUUAAUUAAAGAAGCUGAUUAUCGCAAAGAA